ACCAGUAGUUCAAGAUGAAGUUAAACAUUUCUUAUCCAGCCAACGGUACCCAAAAGUGUAUCGAAAUCGACGAUGAACACAAGUUGAGAGUUUUCUACGAAAAGAGAAUGGGUCAAGAAGUCGAAGGUGACUCUGUCGGUGACGAAUUCAAGGGUUACAUCUUCAGAAUCACUGGUGGUAACGACAAGCAAGGUUUUCCUAUGAAGCAAGGUGUCAUGCACCCAACCAGAGUCAAGUUGUUGUUGGCUAAGGGUCACUCUUGUUACAGACCAAGAAGAACCGGUGAAAGAAAGAGAAAGUCCGUCAGAGGCUGUAUCGUUGGUCAAGACUUGGCUGUCUUGGCUUUGUCCAUUGUCAAGCAAGGUGACUCCGACAUCGAAGGUUUGACCGACUCCACCACCCCAAAGAGAUUGGGUCCAAAGAGAGCCAACCACAUCAGAAAGUUCUUCGGUUUGACCAAGGAAGACGACGUCAGACAAUUCGUUGUCAGACGUGAAGUUACCAAGGGUGACAAGUCCUACACCAAGGCUCCAAAGAUUCAACGUUUAGUUACCCCACAAACCUUGCAAAGAAAGAGAGCUCUUAAGGCUCAAAAGGUCAAGAACGCUCAAUUGCAAAGAGAUGCUGCUGCUGAAUACGCUCAAUUGUUGGCCAAGAGAUUGCACGAACGUAAGGAAGAAAAGCUCGAAAUCAGAAAGAAGAGAGCUUCCUCUUUGAAGAACUAAGGAAGGUGAUCCCUAGAAGAUUAUUAUUGGUUACAUAACUUUAAUACUAAUAAAAUUCAUUGUAUGUCAUAAUGGUCUUUUAUUGUUGUCUUCCUUUCUUGUCAUUUCUUUACUUUAGUCUAUCUUGUGUAUUUAAUAAAAUAUAAAUAUCGGUAU